AUGUCCAUGAGGUUCUCCUCCGCCGAAAUCGUGGCGGAGGCGCUGAGUGGGAGCAAGGGCCGACAGUUGAAGGACCGCACGAAGAUCUUCAAGGCGCUGAUUACGGAGUGGCACCCGGACCGCGCGGGGUCCAACGCGCACGUGGCCACCAAAGUCUUUCAGUGGCUUCAGGUUGUCAAGGCCUGGUAUUUGGAGGACUGA